AUGCAUACGUUCUACACCAUCCGCUACCCACCGCCAAACUCCCAGAAAGGGGGAGAAGACAGCCAACCGAUUCGAGUUACCAACAAGGCAAUGGAGUCGCUGCUUUUUUGCAUUGUGCAUUCGAUCGAGUUUCAGAGUCCCCUGCAGCCAUCAAGGCCUCAACUGGGGUCCUCGAUAGGCUCCUCCGGUAAGGAUUCCAUCACGGACGAUGAGGCGUAUGUGCGUCCGGUGGAGAACUCGAGCAUGCUGUUGGGGAAUGUGACGUAUGUGUCGCGCUCAAAGCACAAACCGAGUGUUCUUGCCUCGCUGCACACGGCUGUUGAGGCUGCUCGUGCCAUUCAAAUUCCCGAUAAGAGCAGUCAGGUGCCCUUUGAGCUACGGGUGCGGCUUCUGCGUCGGCACCGCGGUUGGCUGUGGCACGACUCACGACCGCUUGUGGAAUGGGUGUUUCGUAUGGCCAAAACAAGAGAGGAGUUCAGUUUUUCAACCACACAUGGCGAUGCAAAUGAGCGGCCGCGUCCCCGCACGUCCCCACGUGCAACGAAUGCCCACGCGAAUGUGGUACGCGCUACAGGAGGAGGUGGUGCUCACAGCCGUUCUCGUGAAGAGGGGCUUGUGUGUUCGAACGAUCCGGAGCAGAUUCGCCAAGUUCUGCAGUUUAUUCUGAAGCACAGUUACGAUGCCAUCGACCUGAACACCUACGCCGACUUCAGGUCCGGGGAGUUGAUCUUCGAUGUUUCUGUGCAGGAGGUCUAG